AUGGCAUGGGCACAGGGAGAUCUGACAUCCUCGCUCUCCAUCGUCAUAACCUUGGCUGCCUGCCUCUCGGCCACCACCAGCGAAGUGAACUUGCUAGACACGUCAACAAUCCUGGGAGACUGGGGCUGGAUGACUUAUCCCUCACACGGGUGGGAUUCAAUCAAUGAAAUGGAUGAGUUUUUCAGCCCCAUCCACACCUACCAGGUGUGUAACGUCAUGACCCCCAACCAGAACAACUGGCUCCGGACCAACUGGGUGCAGCGGGACGGGGCGCGGCGCGUGUAUGCAGAGAUCAAAUUCACGCUGAGGGACUGUAACAGCAUGCCAGGCGUGCUGGGCACCUGCAAGGAGACCUUCAACCUCUACUACAUGGAGUCCGACCGGGACCUGGGCACCAGCACCCGCGAGAGCCAGUUCCUCAAGAUCGACACCAUCGCUGCAGAUGAGAGCUUCACCAACGUGGACCUGGGCGUGCGGCGCCUGAAGCUCAACACGGAGGUGCGGGGCGUGGGGCCGCUGAGCAAGAGGGGCUUCUACCUGGCCUUCCAGGACAUCGGCGCCUGCAUCGCCAUCGUCUCGGUGCGCGUGUACUACAAGAAGUGCCCGGCCACCGUGAGGAACUUGGCGUCCUUCUCCGAGGCCGUGACCGGGGCAGACUCGUCUUCCCUGGUGGAAGUGCGGGGAGAGUGCGUGGGCCAUUCCGAGGAGAGGGACACCCCCAAGAUGUACUGCAGUGCCGAGGGAGAGUGGCUGGUGCCCAUCGGGAAGUGUGUGUGCAGCGCUGGCUAUGAGGAGCAGCGGGAUUCCUGCAUGGCCUGCCAGCUGGGAUUUUACAAAUCAGCCCCUGGGGACCAGCUGUGUGCCAAAUGUCCCCUGCACAGCCACUCGGAGAGCCGGGCAGCUCGUGUGUGCCACUGCGACAGCAGCUUCUACCGCGCCGUGCAGGACCCGCCCUCGGCCGCCUGCACACGGCCGCCCUCUGCUCCGGUGAACCUGAUCUCCAGUGUGAACGGCACCUCGGUGAUGCUGGAGUGGGGCCCGCCGCUGGACAAGGGCGGCCGCGCGGACGUCGUGUACAACGUGCGGUGCCGGCGCUGCGCGGGCGCCGCGGGGCCGUGCGAGGCCUGCGGCAGCGGCAUCCGCUUCGUGCCGCAGCAGAUGCGCCUGGUGCAGGGAGCGCUCACCGUCACCAACCUGCUGGCACACACCAACUACUCCUUCUGGGUGGAGGCCGUCAACGGCGUCUCCGACCUCAGCCUGGAGUCCAGGAGAGCCGCGGUGGCCAACAUCACGACAAACCAGGCAGCCCCAUCACAGGUGGUGGUGGUGCAUCAGGAGAGCACAGGCCAGAACAGUGUCACCUUGCUGUGGCAAGAGCCAGACCAGCCCAACGGCAUCAUCCUGGAGUAUGAGAUCAAGUACUAUGAGAAGGACAAGGAAAUGCAGAGCUACUCAACUCUGAAAUCCAAGAGCACCACUGCCACCAUCUCUGGGCUCAAGCCUGCAACCCGCUACAUUUUCCAGGUGCGGGCUCGCACCUCUGCCGGCUGCGGGAGGUUCAGUCAGACUGUGGAGGUGGAAACGGGGAAGCCAGUGUCUCUCCGGUAUGACACGAUGACGAUUGUCUGGAUCUGCCUGUCACUCAUCACUGGCCUUGUCACCUUGCUGCUGGUUCUGAUCUGCAAGAAGAGGCACUGUGGCUACAGCAAGGCUUUCCAGGACUCUGAUGAGGAGAAGAUGCAUUAUCAGAAUGGGCAAGCAGGGCUGCCUGAGAGUGCUGAUCUCCUCUCUCCACUUUGCAACCUGGCAGUGAAGUUCCCCGAGUCCAAGUUCUAUGUGGACCCCCACACAUACGAGGACCCCUGCCAAGCUGUGCAUGAGUUCACCCGGGAAAUAGAGGCCUCCCGGAUCAAGAUUGAGAAGGUCAUCGGGUCUGGGGAGUCUGGAGAGGUGUGCUACGGCCGCCUGAAGCUGCCAGGGAAGAGGGAGAUUCCCGUGGCCAUCAAAGCACUGAAGGCUGGCUACACAGAGAAGCAGAGACGGGACUUCCUGAGCGAGGCCAGCAUCAUGGCACAGUUUGACCACCCCAACGUCAUCCACCUGGAGGGGGUGGUCACCAGGAGCAAAUUGGUAAUGAUUGUUACUGAAUACAUGGAGAACGGCUCGCUAGACACCUUCCUCAGGAAACACGACGGGCAAUUCACCAUCAUCCAGCUGGUGGGCAUGCUGCGGGGCAUUGGGGCAGGCAUGAGGUACCUGUCUGACCUGGGCUACGUGCACCGGGACCUGGCUGCCCGCAACAUCCUGGUCAACAGCAACCUGGUGUGCAAGGUGUCUGACUUCGGCCUCUCCCGCAUCCUGGAGGACGACCCCGACGCUGCCUACACCACCACGGGGGGGAAGAUCCCGAUCCGCUGGACGGCUCCCGAGGCCAUCGCGUACCGCAAGUUCUCCUCGGCCAGCGACGUGUGGAGCUACGGGAUCGUCAUGUGGGAGGUGCUGGCCUACGGCGAGCGGCCCUACUGGAACAUGACCAACCGCGACGUCAUCACCUCAGUGGAGGAAGGCUACCGCCUGCCUGCGCCCAUGGGCUGCCCCAGCCCCCUGCACCAGCUGAUGCUGGACUGCUGGCAGAAGGAGCGCAGCGAGCGGCCUCGCUUCUCCCACAUUGUGGGCAUCCUGGACAAGCUGAUCCGCAACCCCGACAGCCUCAAGUGCACAGGCACCAUCAACAGGUUCACCCAGACACGCCUGGACAGGGGUCUCCUGGACCUCAGCAGCUGCCUGACUGUGGAGGACUGGCUGGACUCCAUCCGCCUGGGGCACUACCGCGACAACUUCGCCAUGGCUGGCUACUCCUCCCUGGGCAUGGUGAUGCACAUGAACCUUGAGGAUGUUCGGAGUCUGGGCAUCACCAUGAUGGGCCACCAGAAGAAGAUCUUGAGCAGCAUCCAGGCCAUGAGAUCCCAGCUGCUGAACACAAACGGCCCCAGGAGGCAUCUCUGACCAAAAGCUCUGCAGAGCUGCAUCAGGCAUUCCUUAACUCUCACCCUGGCAAAGGGGCUGCAGGGUGGUGAGCAGGAACAGGGGCGCCAGCAGCUGGAGCCCUGCCAGCAUCUCUGUGAUUUCAGCAUUGGCGGAAACGUGGUGUUCCAGAUACCUUGGGGGUCCUGCUGCUUCCUUCCCCCAGGGGAAGGGGGGAGCAGCCUUCCAGGCAGACACAUCAUGAUUCUGCCAUUUCCCUGUGGGACUGGGGGUCUGCCCACAGCUGUGCAGGACAGGAGACAACCCCUUCACCCAGUGGGAUGGUCCAGCUGCUCCUGCAGGUGCAGGGGCAUCAGCCACAUCAG